CAAGGCCCAAGUAUUGGUGGCCUCAGCGGCAGCCGUCCCGGGGAACCCAUCCCGGCGGCGCCGUGCUCCCAACGCGCUCGCGCGCGCGCUCGCCAGAGGGAUAUCGAAGACGGGGCCCGCCUGCCCGCGCGGGAUGGCGCACCCCCGCUGCAGCCCGGCGGCGGCGCUCGCCCUGUGGGUGGCCUGGGCCGCCGCCGCCAGCGGCGACGAGGCCUCGGCGGCCCUCCGGGCCGACGGCGCCUGCGCGGGGCCGGCGUGCGGCGCGGGCGGCGAUGCGCUCGGCCUGCUGCAGACGCGGGGCGCGGCGCGCGUGGCGGGGGGCGCCAGCAGCAGGAACGCCACGGCCGCAGCGGAGGUUGACGCCGGUCAGGUCGCACGGGAAGGCGGCGUGCUGGCGCUGAGCGACAGGGGCAACUUGACGGACGGGGGCAACGCGAGCGAGGGCAGAUCCGACUGCAACGAGAAUCUCGGCCAAACAUACGACGUCUGCUUCUUCGCGAACGUCUGGCUUAUGGGAGACGUCAUGUGCGCGCAGUCGUGUGGCUGGACGCACAUGGCCCUCUCGACGUUCUGCAAGAAAGAGAAAGGCACAUAUCAGAAUGACAUCAAUUGCGGCACGGGGUACUCCUGCGCAAUGGAUUAUAGAACCUUGAUGAAGAUGAAGGGCUACGACCCGAAUAACCUCUCCACCGCGAACGCGAUGGGUGCGACAGGCCUGGCCGCGAACGGCGUCGAGUUCUUUGCCAAGUCUACGCCGGGGUGUUCCAUGUCCACGAUCGGCAGCUGGAUCCGCUGAGCCAGCCUCCCUCCACCCCUGCAGGUGCCAGCCUACCCCGCCAGCCAGAGUGCAAGGCGCGGUGUGCGCUGACGCCGCGCGUCGUCCGCGACGGCCCCGGUGGUCGCGGGCGGGGGGCAGCGGUCGAGAAGGAGCGCGUCGGAGGAGCACGAUAGGGGCGCGACAUCCAGGGAACCCGUGGAAGAGUGCCUCUCCGCUCGCCUGGCACUUUGUCCUGGCGCGGUGAGGGCUGCAAGGACCGGCUCCCAUUCGCUCGCGCACGACGGCAGCCCACGAGCUGGGAAGCUGGGGCGUCUGUACUCCAUACUUCCUCGGCGCGGGGGGCUGCAGGACAGAUAGCAGACUUGGAAGUACUUAACACUAGUGCGUUGCAACG